GGAUGCCAGAGAGAAAUCUAGUUCUUUGUAACACGCUUAGCGCCAGAGUGGAGACUUCAGCUGCGUCUUGAGCAUAAUUUCAGAGAACACGCUUGGCUCAUGCAUGUUCCGUUCACAAUUUGCACACUUCUUGGCUUCGGCUUUAGUCAGCAACUAAAUGGCGGUAACCUAUUAUUCAAAACCAACUCAUUUAAAAUAUCAGAGUAAUUUAGACCGCAGAACAAGGUGGGGAAAUAUUCCUCAAUUCCUUCGGUAGCUUGCUUUCUUCUGCUCUGAAUUCUCCUAAACAAUAGUAAAUUUGCAGGAGGGGACACCCUUUCUGUCCAGCCAGCCUACCUUAUGUUCCGGGAUCCUGCAGAAAUCUUGGGUUAUCUCGCCAUAUAUUACUGUAAAUAAAUGAAAUGGAAAAUGCUGAAUCAUGAAACUGAUGUAAUAGGAAAUUCACAGAAUACUAAAAAGAAAAAAAAAUGAGCAGUGUCAUUGUCCAGAAUUAUUUUCAUUUAUGUGGCAUUGUCAUUAUUCGGAGACUUUUCUUUUUGGAGGAUAAGACUGCUUAAGAACUGGCAGGAAUUAGAAUUUGAUUCCAGAGAAACUUGCCACCCAGCCCAAGUUUCUUUUGAUACUCUUUUACUUCUUGGAUGUUUCACUCCCUGAAGCAAGAGGAUGUAAGGAUGAAAGUUGUAAUUCUGCUUUAGUAUCUACCUGUUGAGCAGCCCAUGUUUUCCCUCAUAUUAUAAAAUAAGCCAGUACCAGGUUUUGUGGUUGGCUUUAGUUCAUGUUUUUAUAAGAAGUUGUCAGUUGACAUGAAUGAUUUUUUUUUCACCCAGGAGAUAUUAUUAUUUAAUAUUUAUGCCACAGGGUUAUAGCACACAGGCUCAUAAAUAAAACUGCCAUAACAAAUGACAGGGUUUCAGUUUAAACGGAUGAUUCCUGUCCAUAAUGCCCUGCUUACCCACAGAGGCAGAAAUGAUGUAGUAGAGCAGUGUGUGGAACAUUAGUGUCCGAGUGAUCAGGAAAGUUCCACGUGGAAAUCCCAAGACCUGGCAAGGAGAGACUGCUUCUUGACAGUUACAAGGAAUCAAAAAAAGACAAGAGCAAUAAAAGCCUAAGUGGUCCACAGGAACAGAGACAGAUGAUGGAGCAAGUGUAAAAGUUCUCUGGACCAAGGGGGAUUUGACAGAACCCAUCACAGAGAGGAGAAAAAUGAUGUUAUGAACAGACUAUGAUGAGUUAGUGAAGUGGUAAGGUAGGGCUCCAAAAAGAAAGAUUAUAGAAAAUACUGUAAGGUGGAAAAUAACUGGAGCAUGGAUGAAUGUCUUGGCAGACAAAGAAGGAAUGAAUUUUGGAAUUAUCUUGGAAAGGGAAAUGUCAGUGCUUCCUGACUGUCUGUGCUUCCUUCAGAUGAGCUUCAGAUAUGUUGCUGUGAAAGAAAAAUGAUUUGAAUAAACAAGAAAGCCAUUUUGCAAUUGAAUGAGAAAGUUUUGCAAAACCCAGAGAAGCAAAAGUGUGACUUGGAAGGUGGGCUUAACCUUUUGUUUUAAAGGUCUAGCCUUUGGCUAGAGAUUUUGCUCUAGAGGUUUGUACUACCAGAGAAACUGGUGAAAGGUAACCCUUCUUGACCUUGGAGAAAUUCAAUUGCAAAUUGGGGAAAAUGUAAAACAGCUGCAUGAAAAACAUGAAACAACUGAGAAAAUGCAUAAUUGUGUGCAUCUUGUAUAUCUAGGGAUACUUCCUAGAGAAAGUGAUUGGUCAGGACAGAGAGGUGGACAGGUGGAGGGUAGAGAGCAGAAUAGCUAAGCAGAACCUCAGAAAUAUGUAGACACUGGAGGAAGAAAGCUAUCCCGUAAUUUGGAAACCUAAAUAAUAAUAAUAAUAUUACCACUACUAGUAGUUUGCAUUGUGAUAGGUUAUUUAUAUGCAUUAUCCAAAAUUAAUCUUAACAAUAACCUUGUGGGGUAGGAACUAGUAUGAUCCCUAUUUAGAUGAGUUAACUAGGGCUCAGAGAGAUCAUGUUAGUUGCCCUGGGACACACAGGUGGUCCAAGGUGGAAACCCAAGUCUGUCUCCUUUCAGAGCCCCAGUUCUAGCCAUUGGCUUCUAGCUUAUUGUCUUCUGGAUUUUGCUGCUUGUAACCCAUUCCCCUCAUUCAUGGAUGUAUGGCCCAUUAGCAAAGUCCUCAAAAUUAGCAGCUACUGUGAAAUGGGCCAGGAUGUGAGGUCAUGUCUAAAGUAGCUUAAAAUAUACAAAGCAGGAAGCCCAGCCACAGAGUAGAAGCAGAAUGCUAAAGAGAGGGAGAAAAAAAAAGGGAAAGUCAGGAGAUAUUUGCCAUCACAGUGGAGAGGUAAAGGAUGGAGUCCUUGUACAGUCCAGAGGCAGCUGGCCCACUUCAGCCAUUGAGACUGUAUAAACAUGUGUCCACGAGUAUAGCCAAAUGUGCCUUGGAGUGUAUUCCAAAGACAAACUGUCGGUGGUCUGGGGACCGAUUCCUCUUUUGUGUCAUCCUUACCUACGUGCUUGUUCACAAGGGCUGAAGGUUCAGAGUGGGUUUCUAAACAGAUGCCUUUAAGCUCCUGCCCUCCUGGGGGACAUGCUUCCUGGAGCCAGGGUCCUGAGGUGAUGGGCACAUUCGUCUUCCACUGGCUGGGGCAGAAUUACCUUCAGGAGCAGCCCAAGAACAGUACUGUGACUGUAGCUAGGAUACUGCCAAAGCAUGAAUAAUUGUGACGAGGCCUGAAAGAUAAGUCACGGAACGAUGCCAAGCAGAUUUCUGAAAAGAUGAUCCCUGGUUCCAGCAGCUGCCAAAAACAUUCUGAGGUCGCCGAAGGUCAAGAUGCAGAGAGCCUCCUCAGAGAGGAUGGGGACCUUGAAAACAAAAGAAUGUUGUACCGUCUUUGGGCAGGCAGACUUCCCUGACAACGUCGGUGAUACCCAGAGCGGAGCAAAGUGUGGCUUACAAAGACUUUAUUUAUUUCACCAUCUUCGAAGGGAAUGUUCGCAAUGUGUCUGAAGUCUCGGUGGAGUAUUUAUGCUCUCAGCCUUGUGUUGUCAAUUUGGAAGCAGUUGUUUCAUCUGAGUUCAGAAGUAGCAUUCCCGUGUACAAAAAAAGGUGGAAGAAUGAGAAACAUCUUCACACCAGCAGAACACAAAUCGUACAUGUGAAAUUCCCGAGCAUCAUGGUUUACAGAGAUGAUUAUUUCAUCAGACACUCCAUUUCAGUAUCUGUGGUGAUACUACGCGCCUGGAUUACUCACCAAUACAGCAGUGGGGACUUGAAUGUUAAAUGGGAGGAAAAUUUGCUACAUGCUGUAGCAAAGAAUUACACGCUGUUGAAGACUGUCCCGCCUUUUGAACGCCCUUUCAAAGAUCAUCAAGUGUGCCUUGAGUGGAACAUGGAUUAUAUUUGGAACCUUCGAGCAAACAAGAUCCCGCAGUGUCCUCUCGAGAAUGAUGUGGUUACCCUCCUGGGAUUUCUCUAUGCCUCCAGUGGAGAAAACACAGGCAUUGUGAAGAAGUUCCUGAGAUUUCAGAAUCGAGAGCUGGAGGCCACUCGACGCCAGCGGAUAGAUUACCCAGUGUUUACUGUUUCAUUGUGGCUUUAUUUACUCCAUUAUUGCAAGGCUAAUCUCUGUGGGAUUCUGUACUUUGUUGAUUCUAAUGAGAUGUACGGCACACCUUCUAUAUUUCUUACUGAAGAGGGCUACUUGCAUAUUCAAAUGCAUCUUGUCAAAGGAGAAGAUCUUGCCGUAAAAACGAAAUUCACCAUACCUUUGAAGGAGUGGUUUCGCCUGGAUAUCUCUUUUAAUGGCGGCCAGAUAGUAGUAACCACCAGCAGUGGGCAGGAUUUGAAAGACUACCAUAAUCAGACAAUUAGUUUCCGUGAGGAUUUCCAUUAUAAUGACACCUCUGGGUACUUCAUUAUUGGAGGGAGCAGGUACGUGGCUGGCAUUGAAGGGUUUUUUGGACCGCUGAAGUACUAUCGCCUCCACGCUCUGCACCCUGCACAGAUUUUCAAUCCCCUCCUUGAGAAGCAACUUUCUGAACAAAUCAAGUUAUAUUACGAAAGGUGUGCAGAAGUUCAAGAAAUAGUGUCUGUGUACACAUCCACGGUGCAGCAGGGCGACAGGAGGCAAGAAGCAUGCAACCUCGGAAAUUCCUACCUGGACCUAAAACGCAGAUAUGGGCGGCCCUCGACAUGCAGAGCCUUCCCCUGGGAGAAAGAGCUGAGAGCCAAGCAUCGAAGCUUGUUCCAGGCUUUGUUGGAGCUGAGUUUGGUGACAGUGCCACGGAACCAAAAUGAAUCUGUAUUAGACUUCGGUGGGCGGAUAUUCGAGAAGGCUGUAAAGAGACUCUCCAGUGUUGAUGGCCUUCACCAAAUUAGCUCCAUCGUCCCUUUUCUGAUGGAUGCCAGCUGCUGUGGAUACCAUAAAGCAUCCUACUACCUCGCAGUCUUUUAUGAAACUGGAUUAACUGUACCUCGGGAUCAGCUGCAGGGCAUGUUGUAUAGUUUGGUUGGAGGCCAGGGCAGUGAGAGACUGUCUUCGAUGAAUCUUGGGUAUAAACAUUACCAGGGUAUUGAUAACUACCCCCUGGACUGGGAGUUGUCCUAUGCCUACUACAGCAACAUUGCCACCAAGACACCCCUUGACCAGCACACGCUACAAGGAGAUCAGGCAUAUGUUGAAACAAUUAGACUAAAAGAUGAUGAAAUACUCAAGGUACAAACCAAAGAAGAUGGAGAUGUCUUUAUGUGGCUGAAGCAUGAAGCUACUCGAGGCAAUGCGGCAGCUCAGCAACGGUUGGCCCAGAUGCUGUUCUGGGGCCAGCAAGGUGUGGCCAAGAACCCGGAAGCGGCUAUCGAGUGGUAUGCCAAGGGUGCCCUGGAGACUGAGGACCCCGCAUUAAUAUACGACUACGCCAUUGUGUUAUUCAAGGGUCAAGGAGUGAAAAAGAACAGACGGCUUGCCUUAGAGCUGAUGAAGAAAGCAGCUUCCAAGGGGUUGCAUCAGGCAGUCAACGGCCUGGGAUGGUAUUACCACAAAUUCAAGAAAAAUUAUGCCAAAGCGGCUAAGUACUGGUUAAAAGCGGAAGAAAUGGGGAACCCAGAUGCCUCAUACAAUCUUGGAGUCCUGUACUUGGAUGGCAUUUUCCCAGGAGCUCCUGGAAGGAAUCAGACAUUAGCCGGUGAAUAUUUCCAUAAGGCUGCACAAGGUGGACACAUGGAAGGAACUUUGUGGUGUUCUCUGUACUAUGUCACGGGCAACCUGGAGACGUUCCCUCGAGAUCCCGAGAAGGCUGUUGUAUGGGCAAAGCACAUAGCUGAGAAAAAUGGCUACUUGGGUCAUGUCAUUCGCAAAGGCCUCAAUGCCUACCUGGAGGGCUCAUGGCACGAAGCUUUGCUGUAUUAUGUUUUAGCAGCAGAAACUGGAAUUGAAGUGUCACAGACAAAUUUAGCACACAUCUGUGAGGAGAGGCCAGACCUGGCCAAGAGAUACUUGGGUGUUAAUUGUGUGUGGAGAUACUAUAAUUUCUCUGUUUUUCAAAUCGAUGCUCCUUCAUUUGCAUAUUUGAAAAUGGGAGAUCUUUACUACUAUGGCCACCAAAACCAGUCACAAGACCUUGAGCUGUCUCUGCAGAUGUACGCCCAAGCAGCGCUGGAUGGAGACUCACAGGGAUAUUUUAACCUGGCCCUGCUAAUAGAGGAAGGUGCUAUAAUCCCACAUCAUAUUCUGGAUUUCUUGGAAAUUGACCCAACAAUCCAUUCUAAUAACAUCUCCAUCCUCCGGGAACUGUAUGAAAGGUGCUGGAGCCGUAGCAAUGAAGAAUCCUUCAGCCCCUGCUCCCUGGCCUGGCUUUACCUUAACCUCCGGCUGAUCUGGGGCACUGUCCUGCACUCUGCGCUGAUCUACUUCCUGGGAACCUUCCUGCUGUCCGUAUUGAUCGCCUGGACUGUGCAAUAUUUCCAGUCUGUCUCAGCCAGCAAUCCCCACCUGACACCAGCCGGGGCCUCCGCAGACCCUACGGCCCCCACUGCAAGUCCAGCUGUGACUCCAGUGGCAGACGCCUCCGCUCAGGACCAGCCCACCGUCAUCAACAGUCCAGAACCACGUGGGUGAACUGUGCAAUCCAGGUCUCUCCAGAUGAGAGAGAAUCCUUUCAGCUACUGGUAUUGGAGAGCUGCGGCGGGGGCAUUAUACACCUUAAAUGUCUUCUCAACUGGAUGCGAAUUUUGCACUCGGUGUCUUUUUUUCUUUUAAAUCAAAGAAAUACCCAGAGCAGACAGUGGUUAUACCAAAGGUUAUCAGACAAAUACCAGGUGCAUCCUGAUCACAGCGGGGUGCUGGGGAGGUUAACUGGGUUAUUCUGGAUGUCCACACCUAAUGAUUGUGUGAAUAGGGAGUCAGAGUUUGCCUUGUGGUGUAUCCAAAUCCUUAUACACUGCGGUGCAUUUUAAGAAUCUUAGCCCCUUGUUCAUUCCAUUUUAUUAAAACAACAGAAAAUUGUGACUUCUCUACCAGUUGGAUAAUGUUUGGUAUGCGUGUUUGCCACUGCCCCGCUCCUCAAAGUCCCAAGGACAGAUUUCCAUUUGACAUCUAAGACCCAGCAUUUCUGAGGCACCUUGAAAUGAAUAGGUUAAGGCUGGAAACACAGGAAGGGCAAUGGCUUUGUAAAUGGGUUUACAUUUUUCUCCUUGAAUUUUUCUAGGGUCGUAAUGCUUCCAAAUCAGUUAAUGACACUGUUGGAUGUCGUUUACUUUUCAAUUGCAAUCCAUAAAAUAACAUUUAGAAAAUUCUUAGUAUUUAAGUGUAGUCUUUUCCAUGAACUACCCAUUAGAAUAGACUGGCAGCAGUGGAAAACGCAGGAGACAAACCUUUAGCUCAUAGUCUCAUUCCCCACCCCUUAUGCCUGCCUGCAUCUGAGUAGGGGUGUGGGGUGUGUGUAUGUGUGUGUGUGUGUGUGUGUCUGAGAGAGAGAGAGAGAGAGAGAGAAGAGAAAGAACCAACUGCCCACACUGUAUGCUGCUAAGGUAGUAAAUAAAUCAGUAAUGCAAUAUUGUGGGUCCAAACUACUCUUUGCACUACUUUAUUUACAGUAGUAAAUAAAAAUUAUUUUUAUACCAUUGACU